AAGAGACUGGUAUUCCCGAGCUCCUGGUGGGCAGUAAGGGAGUGUUGCGCCUGUUUGGUAGUGGCUGGACAGAGAACACACGGUUUGUGCUGACAGACCAACCUGGGAACAGAGGAGACAUGUGCGAGUUCCCCAUCCUUGUUAAUCAAACUCUGGUUCUUCCAAAAAACAAAAACGCAACAUCAGCAAUAUUAGAAAUACAGAUGCCAGAAAUUGACAAACCAGGAAUCUCAUACUAUCUGUGCACAAAGGAACAAGUUGAAGGUCAGAAAUCGUUAUGGAAACAUCUCGGUGACGAACAAUACCUUCAGAUUCGAUCCUACAAGAAGCUGCUUCCACUCUGGCUCCAACUGAUGAUCAUUGUGACCUGUCUUUCGUUCAGUUCUCUCUUCUCCGGUCUCAACUUAGGUUUGAUGUCACUGGAUCGAACUGAUCUCAGAAUUAUUUGCAACACAGGAACAGAAGAAGAAAGACGCUACGCACGCCAGAUUAUACCCGUUAGAGAACAUGGAAACUUCUUACUGUGCAGUAUAUUGUUAGGAAAUGUGAUGGUUAACUCUACUUUUACCAUUUUGCUGGACGACCUAACAUCUGGUCUAGUAGCGGUUGUGGUGUCGACUCUGUUGAUCGUGGUGUGUGGUGAGAUCACUCCCCAAGCUGUGUGUUCGCGUCACGGUCUCGCUAUCGGAGCCAAGACUAUCGGUGUCACUAAGGUGGUCAUGGUUCUUACAUCUCCUCUUGCGUACCCCAUCAGCAAGGUUCUGGACUGGGCUCUCGGUGAAGAGAUCGGAGCUGUCUACACAAGAGAACGCCUUAAAGAACUGGUAAAGCUAACAACAGAGUUCAACGACCUGGAGAAGGACGAGGUAAACAUUAUAUCUGGAGCCCUGGAGUUACGGAAGAAGGUUGUAGCAGAUGUAAUGACUAAGCUGGAUGAUGCCUUUAUGCUGUCCUAUGAUGCCAUCAUGGAUUUUGAAACUGUCUCAGAAAUCAUGAAAUCAGGGUUCUCCCGUAUCCCUGUGUACGAAGGGUCUCGCAAGAACAUCAUCACAGUGUUGUACAUCAAGGACCUCGCUCUUGUGGAUCCUGAUGACAACACUCCUCUCAAGACAUUGUGCCAGUUCUAUCAAAACCCAUGCUACUUUGUAUUUGAGGACACCACAUUAGAUGUGCUCUUUAAGCAGUUUAAAGAAGGUAUCAAGGGUCACAUGGCAUUUGUCCACCGAGUAAACAACGAGGGAGAGACUGACCCAUUCUACGAGACUGUCGGGCUAAUUACACUGGAGGACGUCAUCGAGGAGCUCAUACAAGCAGAGAUCAUGGACGAAACUGAUGUCUGGAAUGAUAAUAGAUCCAAAAACAGGAGGAGUCAAAACCGUUCCAUCAAGAAGGACUUCACUUCAUUUGCUGAACGCAGUGAAAACCAAAGAAUCCACAUUUCGCCCCAGCUCACCCUUGCUACAUUCCAGUUCCUGAGCACUUCUGUGGAUGCGUUCAAGCCAGACAGUAUAUCAGAAACAAUUUUAAGUAGAUUGCUCAAACAGGAUAUAAUUUACCACAUCAAGGUCAAACACCGAGACACUGGCAAAACUGAUCCUCACACCAUCAUUUAUCAGCAGGGUAAAGCUGCAGAUUACUUUGUCCUCAUCCUGGAAGGCAGAGUGGAGGUGACGAUGGGACGAGAAAACCUGGUAUUUGAGUCUGGUCCCUUCACUUACUUCGGCAUGCAAGCCCUCACUCAGAAUGUUGGCGUUGGUGAGCCUAAACAGGAGUCCCCAACAGCCCAGUCAGCCCAGCCCCUGGGUAGCUUGCAAAGUGUUCACCUGGAGACAUUACUGCGCUACACCUUCGUACCGGACUACACAGUGCGAGCAGUAGCUGACACCUACUACCUGCGGAUCAAACGCUCCUUCUACCUGGCGGCCAAGCGAGCCACUCUCAUGGAACGCAGCAAGAAGGAAGAGUCCAACGCCGGUGACAACUUUGAGGAUGAAGUAGAGAAGCUACUCCACACCUACGAUGAUGAUACAAGAAGUCAAGGCUCACCAGACAUCACACGCACCCAAUCCCAACGUGGCACGCCCGGCCAGAUGAGUCCCAACGGCAGCCUACUCACCACAUCUGAGCCAGCGUUGGUGUCGCCCUCACGCACGCCACGACCUCACAGUGACAAUGCGACAUCACCAGACGAGCGAGCCACGCUACUGCACACAGCUGACACGUAACACGUCCUCUGGCACUGGCGAACGCAGGAUGGCCCAUUACCAAUUGCAAAUUCUAAUACUACUCCAUGGGUUUUUUUAUUUUAAGAUUUUUAAAUAUUUUUUUGUUCAUUAAUCAAACUAAUUCAAUUUAAAUAGCAGCUAAAUACAAAGAUUACAUUGCCUCAAGAAAGAUUAGUGCAUGAAUGUGAAUCAAAUGCCCUUUGAUUUUAAAAUGGUUACAAUAUAACCUUCAUGAUUUUAAUGUUAGUUUAAUUAUUAGUUUAGUUAUUAGUUUGGUAUUAAUUAUUCAUUAAUGAAAUUGAUUAUUUCGAAUGUACUGUGAGGCCUAUUACGGAAAGACUCGGUAUUAAUCUAAAUUUAACAUUCAUUUCACUUAGAAUUUUUGUGGCCAUCCUGCCUCAGAGUUUAAGUGGUGUUAAAAAUAUUUUACCUAAUUUUAAAUGCCAAAGAAUUGGUUCUGUAAUAUUUUUGUCAGUCCUAGUAAAAGGAUAUUAAUAUAAGCUUUAGUCACUUUUUCUGUUGAACAGAAAUAAUUAUUGGAAAUGUUUUUGUUAUGUUUAAAUUUGUAACAAUGAAACAUUGUUUUAAAUUCGUUAUGUUUAACAAUUUUAUAUUUUGUUUGUUUUUUUAGUUAUUAUUUUUUAGUUAAUUUAAAAUUAUUUUAAACAUGAUCGAAGAACAUGUCAAACAUACUCCUAGAUUAAAGAAUCGAAUUUAAAUUGGUUUUAUGUAAUAUGUUUACAUUAUAUUUUAGAUAACAUGCUUGGUCUUUUUGACACAGCAAGUUGAUAUUCCAGUCAAUUUACUUAGUACUUAAUUAGUGUUCUUGAAAGUAGUAGCUUGCCUAACUAGAAUCAACAAUCAAUUAUUACAUUUGUUACAUUAUUAUCUCACUGCUCUAUCUUGGCAUGUGCUUGAGUUGAGACAUCAUUUAAAGUUUGAAUAAGCUUGAUGAUAAACUCUUAUAAACAGUAUUGAAAUGUUAAUAAACCGCAUUGAAUUGUGGCAAGUUGGGUCAAAGCUUUGGUUAUACUGUAUGAGGAAUUAUUAAGCCCUGUCUAUGUUUACAAUGAAUAUUUUUUAUUCUGAGUUCAAGCCCAGUAUGAAUUAUUGUAUUAUUAUUGUUAUAGCUUUAUAUUUUAGUAUACUCUAGCCAUAUUUAAAUAAGUUAUUUUAAGUGAUCAAAUGUUAAGAGUAUAACAUUCUACUUAAUAUCAAGGAUUUAUUUUUUAUUCAACAGUUUAUGUGUUUUACCGGUGCUUUUCAUUUCGGACUGUUGUAGAUAUGUACUUAAUACAACUAAAUGUAAGCAAUGUAUUUGUGUACUUACUAGUAAACAGCAGUUGAUAGUACCACAUUGUUAAAUUUUAAAAGAAACUGUUGUUAAGUUUAUAUUUUAAAAAGCAAAAUUGAUAUGUACAUGAAUUAAAAAAAUCUAGAAGAUUGAA